AUGAUUAUUCCUAUCUUAAUCGCUUCUCUCAUUUCAUCGAUUAAUGCUGUAUCUAUAGUAUCCCGUUCACAGUCUUACUCUCAGCCCGCCGUACUCGGCCCCCAAACUACAAUAACCAUAGGUAAUAAGGUCAUCGCUCCCGAUGGCUUCGAACGCGCAGCAACUGUUGUCAACGGCAUGUUCCCUGGGACCAUUGAUUGCAGCCCAGAAGAUAACUUUGCUAUUGAGGUAGUGAACGAGCUCAAAGACGAGUCAAUGUUCAAGAGUACCAGCGUCCACUGGCACGGUAUCUUCCAGAAUGGGACGAAUUAUGCGGACGGGACGUCCUUCGUCACACAAUGCCCCAUCGCACAGAACCACUCUUUCUUACACUCAUUCUCCGCCCCGAACCAAGCAGGCACUUACUGGUAUCAUAGUCAUUAUUCCGUCCAAUAUUGUGAUGGUCUGAGGGGAGCCCUGGUGAUCUAUGAUCCUGAUGAUCCCUUGGGAUACAUGUAUGAUGUCGAUGAUGCGAGUACGGUAAUCACACUUUCCGACUGGUAUCACGUCGUGGCCCCAGUCUUGCGCCACAUCAUAGGUACCACUGCCAACUCUUCGCUCAUCAAUGGACUGGGUCGUUAUGUAGGCGGACCCGCGUCUGAUCUUGCUGUGAUCAGUGUCGCACAGGGAAAGCGAUAUCGCAUGCGGCUGGUUGCAAUGUCCUGCGACCCAAAUUUCCAGUUCUCCAUCGAUGGCCACAACCUUACAGUCAUCGAAGCGGAUGGACAGCUGACCGAACCUGUGGUGGUAGAUGAGCUCACGAUUCUUGCGGGUCAGCGCUACUCUGUGGUUCUGGUAGCCGAUCAGCCGGUGGAUAACUACUGGAUACGCAGUCUUCCUAAUUUAGGGGGUGCAUCCUUCGUGGGAGGAACGAACUCUGCUAUCCUGCGCUAUCAAGGCGCCCCGCAGGUCGACCCGACCACAGUCAGUACAACCCAGGUCCAAUUGGCAGAGACCGACUUGCAUGCUCUGAUCAAUCCCGGUGCUCCUGGAAUUCCAGGGUACGGGAACGCAGAUAUCAACCUCAACCUCCAGAUUACUAGUCCCAACGGAACAUUCUAUGUCAAUGGUACCGCAUUCAAACCCCCCACCGUUCCUGUUCUACUCCAAAUUCUCAGUGGAGCUCAAGACGCGUCUCAGCUGCUCCCAAACGGGAGUGUAAUCGUUCUAGGAGCCAAUAAAGUGGUGGAGUUGACACUGUCAAUACAUCCCAUACACCUUCAUGGGCACACCUUCGAUGUUGUACAGAGCGCAGGCAACAGUACUUUCAAUUAUGUAAACCCAGUUCGCCGCGAUGUGGUAAGCGCUGGCGUCCCUAAUCAACAAAUGGUUAUACGAUGGACGACCGAUAAUUCUGGUCCGUGGUUCUUGCAUUGCCACAUCGACUGGCACCUUGAUGCCGGUUUUGCCGUGGUAAUGGCAGAAAGUCCCUCGGACACCGCUGCACAUGUGAAUCCCGUGCCACAGGACUGGGAUCAGUUGUGUCCAAUCUUUCACUCUUUAUCACCCUUGCAAUUGGGGGGCGGAGGUCGCUUUUCCUAUGAAGAAGCAGCUAAUAUGUCCACUAAACUCUUCCCACCAUCACCCCUUCCCUAAAUAUGGUAGAACGACAUCAUAAUCAUUUUCGUUUCCUGGGGGCAUCAUGUUUACAGCAUGAACUGCAUACCGAUAAUGUAUCUUUGUAUUCCAGUGCUGCUAUAAUUAAUUUCUGCCCCUUCAUAACUAGGUGCCGUCACUGGCGUUGACCUUGCUUGAAUGAUUAGUAGCCGC